CUUAGGGAGUUAGAGUGCCAGUUCUUAGUUCUUCACUGAUUAUAAAACUCAAACAUUCUCCCAUUGAAGUAUGGUCCUAGAAGCACCAACAUUCACGUGCCAAAUGAGUAUUAAAGUCAUAUGCCUGCUCUUAUAGUGAUCCUAGAUUGUGAUUUCACCAUUCAUACUGUCUGGUUGGGUUUUGGUUGGGUUUUUGGCCGCUUUUAUCUUUGGAGAAAGGAUUUUCAAUGGCCAAACAAGUUCCCUCACCCAGUUCACAUUCUAUGAAUGUUUCUGCUGGUAAGACAAUGGAUUGACAACACGUAGCGAGAAGCAAGCAGAAAUACUUCAGCUUGUUUCAUGAGCAAAUUAAACGGUUAUCAUUUUGAUGAGCACUUACAAAACCAUUACAUCUGGAGACAUGUCCCAUACAGAUUCCUACUGUUAGAGGUGUUUCUAGUUAGUAUUUGAGCUUACUGCUCCAUAAACCUGCAUUUGUCCAGCACAGCAUGCCAUGUGUGCACAGCAACUGUAUUGAUUUGGAGAGCACACCUUCUGUCUGUAGCACAGGUACCAGCUGUGCAAAGAGCAGGUAAUAAAUGCCGUCAGGGAAACACUUUUAGGUCGUGAUGUGAACUUCUUGAAGCCAGUGUAAGGAUUGUCACCAAUGCUGCUUUGUCCUCAGUUGUGGCAGUUUUUAAAGCAGGCAGCUGGUACCUGAUGCCGUGAGAUCAGGGGCAUUUCAAAACGCAGUUGGGACUUCUGUGCAGCAUUCCCCUUCCUGCUGCCUUUUCUCCACCCCCGAUACUUCAAGGGUUUAUUUACCUACGCAUAACAUUUCCCUUGGGUAUAAAACGAAGCGGUACUUUCAAAUUUAAGCAAGUGCCUAACUUCAGCUCGAUUCUGAGCCGCAGCACAGCUUUGGGUGUGGAAGCGUGCCUCCGUGCGGCUUCUCAGCCCUGCCAGCUGGGCAGGAGCAGCCCCUCUCCUUGUGGCGGAGAGGGGCUUAGCUCUUACCCUGCGCACUGCCCCGGAGGGGCUGAAUCCCACCUCCUGAUUCUGCCACCCUUCCCACCGCUUCAGCAUCCCCGCCGCAGCUCCUCGCCUUGCCGGGGCCGUGCCGUCGGAGCCGGAGAAGCCGAGGCGAGGCGGGCUGCGGGCGGGGUCUGGCUGAUGUAACAGGAAGCCCCGCUGGCUGCCUGCCGCCGCUCCCCGCUCUCCGUCCCCAGCUGAGCCGCUCUUGCUGCUGCCCGAGCAGCGCCGCGCUCCGCUGAGCGCCACUGCCCCGCAGCCAGCGGCAACAGCGAGCUGCCAGCCGCGGGGAGAAGAGACGAGCGGAGGCAAAGCCAGCCAGAGCCCAUCGGAGUUGAGCCUGUUUGAGUUCAUUUGAUUGCAACAUAAAAUACACUGCACCAAAUACAAAAAUGACAAAAAACUGGAUAACGUUUUUGCUGUUCUUCCUCUUGGUUACUAUGUUUUUUGCCACUGCCAUACCAGCUGAGGGGCAUCAGAAUAUGACAGACGACUUCGCUCAACUGAGUGUUACACGGAAUAAAAUUAUGACAGCACAGUAUGAAUGCUACCAGAAAAUUAUGCAUGAUCCCAUUCAUAGGAAAGAAGGUCCUUACUGUAACAGGACAUGGGAUGGCUGGUUGUGCUGGAGUGAUGUUGCUGCAGGAACUGUGUCAGUACAGCGUUGUCCUGACUACUUUCAGGAUUUCAAUCCAUCAGAAAAAGUGACGAAGAUCUGUGAUCCAAGUGGGAACUGGUUUAGACACCCAGAAAGCAACAGGACGUGGACAAACUACACCCAGUGUAAUAUCUAUACGCAUGAAAAAGUGAAGACGGCUCUGAACUUGUAUUAUUUGGCCAUCAUAGGACAUGGUCUCUCAAUUGCAUCACUUUUGAUUUCUCUUGGCAUAUUCUUUUAUUUUAAGAGCUUGAGUUGCCAAAGGAUUACCCUGCAUAAAAAUCUAUUUUUCUCGUUUGUUUGCAACUCUGUUGUAACGAUAAUUUCACUGACUGCAAUAGCCAACAAUCAGGAGUUAGUUGCAACUAAUCCAAUUAGCUGCAAAGUGUCACAGUUCAUCUACCUGUACCUAAUGGGGUGCAACUACUUCUGGAUGCUGUGUGAAGGCGUUUACCUGCAUACUCUUAUUGUGGUGGCUGUUUUUGCUGAGAAACAGCACUUGAUGUGGUAUUACCUUCUUGGAUGGGGUUUUCCACUGAUCCCUGCCUGCAUACAUGCUGUUGCUAGAACUUUGUAUUAUAAUGACAACUGUUGGAUCAGCUCUGAUACUCAUCUGCUGUACAUCAUCCAUGGCCCUAUUUGUGCUGCUCUAUUGGUGAAUCUCUUCUUCCUGUUGAAUAUCGUCCGUGUUCUCAUAACGAAGCUGAAAGACACCCACAAGGCAGAAUCCAACCUGUACAUGAAAGCAGUGAGAGCUACCCUGAUUCUAGUCCCCCUGCUUGGCAUUGAGUUUGUGCUGUUUCCAUGGCGACCAGAAGGCCGGAUUGCUGAGGAAGUCUAUGACUAUGUGAUGCACAUCCUUAUGCAUUACCAGGGUCUACUGGUGGCUACAAUUUUCUGCUUUUUUAAUGGAGAGGUCCAAGCUGUUUUGAGAAGACACUGGAAUCAGUACAAAAUCCAAUUUGAGCACAGCUUCAGCCACUCAGAUGCUAUGCGCACCGCUUCCUACACUGUAUCAUCAAUCAGUGAUGUUCAAGGCUAUGGCUACAGUCACGAUUGCACCAGUGAACAUUUAAAUGGGAAGGGCUAUCAUGACAUGGAGAGUGUUGUUUUAAAAACUGAGAAGCUGUAUGGUUGACUGCCAAAGACUUGGCCUACGGCAGAGUGUUCACCCUCGUAGUUCGUGAACUUGAAGUUUGAUUUAAUGACUUCAUGGCCAGAAGAUUUUACCUAACUUGGGAUAUGUUUUUCUCCUGCAAACAAAAACCAACACGUUUUUCGUAUGUAUAUAUAGAUAUGUUUGUGUUUCUUUGUAUCUAUGUAGUAUGGACAUCCAUACAUCUAUCUAUCUAUAUGUGCAUUUAUGUAAGGAUACAGACUUUGCCUCUUUAGUUUCUACUGUGUAGACAAAGUUGGCAAUUUUUUGUAUAACGGGAAUCAAUGAAGGAUUUCUUACUUUCUUGGAAGUUUGUAUAAAGACUGUGUUGUACUGAAACCACUUCAUUUGCCUACAGAAACUUAGGGUGUAAAUAACAUACUGUACUGUCUUAAUUCAACCGAAAACUCAAAAAAGGAAAA